GCUCACUCAGUUCAGGAAGCUGACCCUUCGGAAGGCGGCAGGUCCGGACAGAGUUUCCCCUGCCUUCCUGAAGCAUUGUGCUACUGAGCUGGCUCCAGUGUUCACGGACCUCUUCAAUGCUUCCUUGGUGUCCUGUCAUGUUCCUGCCUGCUUUAAGUCCUCCACUAUCAUCCCUGUUCCCAAGAAGGCCAGGAUCACUGGACUGAAUGACUACAGACCGGUGGCACUGACGUCUGUGGUCAUGAAGUCCUUUGAGCACCUGGUUCUCUCUCACCUGAAAUCUAUCACUGCUUCUCACCUGGACUCAUUGCAGUUUGCCUACAGAGCCAACAGAUCUGUGGACGAUGCAGUGGACCAGGCCCUUCACUUAAUUCUGGAGCAUCUGGACUCACCAGGAACCAAUGCCAGGAUCCUCAAGUUUACAGAUGACACCACCCUCAUCAGGCUCAUCUCAGAUGGAGAUGAGUCGGCUUACAGGAGGGAGGUGGAGCGGCUGGUGUCCUGGUGCAGCCACAACAACCUGGAGCUCAAUGCCCAGAAGACAGUGGAGAUGACUCCUUCUGCUUCCUGGGAACCACCAUCACUGAGGACCUCAAAAUGGGAGCCAACCAUCAGGUCCCUCAUGUUCUUCCUGAGGCAGCUGCAAAAACUACGACUGCCGACGAAGUUGCUGGUGGAGUUCUACACAGCCAUCAUCCAGUCCAUCCUCGCCUCCUCCAUCACUGUCUGGUACAGCAGCGCCACCUCCAGGGACAAGAGCAGACUGCAGCGCAUCGUAUGUUCUGCUGAGAAGGUUGAUCGGUUGCAGCCUGCCACCUCUUCAGGACCUGUAUGUCUCCAGGACCCAGAGACGUGCAGGUCGGAUCAGAGCCGACCCUUCUCAUCCUGGACAUAGCAGCGAAGGUCCUGGCAAGUGAGCAGCACGACCAGCAGGUGAGGUGACCGGCAGGAGGCUAUCGUCUCAAGAUGACCAGCCAGUCAGUUGUCUAGACAAUCCAGAGAAUGAAAGGAAGAUGGCGAUGAGAGAUGGCUGCUGAGCAACACACGUGCUGUCAAAACAGGAUGAGGCGGUUGAGAGAUGAAGAGCAAGUGACAUUUAAUUUCCGUUUAGCUACCUCAUGUUUCACACUCAUCUGCCAAAACCUCUUCCGUUAACUUGUGUAUUGACUUCACAGCAGUUAAGCUGUCACACCAGUGCAUGAGGCAGCACAAAAACAUUGUCGUUUUGAAAGCCGGUGAAGAUGUCCAGAGAUCGCUCUUCAAACUAGGAUGUACGAUAUGCAGCGGUGUCGCUCACCUAGUUGGAGGGCUACCUCCGCAAGUGGUGCUCCUCUUCUGCACAGAAGGUAACCGUAGAGUGGGGCGUCCUCGAUCUUCGGCCCGGAUCUUGGCACGCCAGCCAAAGCCACAUCAGCAUGGAGGUCUGGAACCAAUCACAGCCAUGGCCUUGCUCCAUCGGAGGUGUGCCAGGUUCUUGUUUAAUCUUGAUGGACUCAAACGCAGCUUAACAAACCCAGGAUUUAGUCUUGUUGUUCUCUUAAAUGUGUUUAAGCAAGGUUCUGAUGACACACAGGCAUGAGGUUUGUCCAACAAGUCUUUUUACUCACAAGGGUGAGAACACAGUGUACACCUCUAAUUCAGCUCAUCAUUAAAUCUCUGGUGAAACGCAAGUCUUUAAAUUCGUGUGAGGAAGGAAUGUGAUGGGAACCGUUUCGACUUGUUGAUUCAACAAUACCCUUCUUAGGGUAUAAAACAAAAACCCUCUGGCACAAAUACACCUUCUGAGUGAGUGAAAAACAGUAGGUGCAUGACAAUAUCACCAAGUAUGUACUUGUGAGUCAAGGAACAAUCCACUGGAGAUGUUGUCUGAGAUGUUUUAGAAUGAUACAACACAAUUCUGAAUAUAUUUCAGCGAGCCGGAACAAGACAAGUUUCCACAAGUUACGCCAACAUGGUGAGGAAAAACUCCCUGGCAUACACACAGCUGCGCAGCAUUUACAGACCCUUGUCCCGGUCGAUCAACAGCACAAAGAAGAACCAAAACAGAGACAAGCUUCCAAAAGGAAAUCAAGUAUUAAUGACAUUAUAAUGUAUUGCAUCAAUAAACUGUGUUAUAUUGAUGCAACAGAAAUGAUUAAAUAUCAAAUUCACAUUUACGAUGUGAUUGAUUCAUGUGAAUAAUUGUCUAAUUGCUCCACUG